GAUCGGAGUGAGAAGCCGGUUUGAAGGGAGUUGGACAGGAGACUCGGGCGACGGCGAGCUGAAUGGGAACGUGAGAGAUCGGAAAGUGAGGCGAGGACUGACUGUCCCUGACUCGGCGUAGUUGAAAUAAGAAUAUAAUGCCUGUUCGACCGGCACAUCAGCGUAUGUAAUGCUGCCUUCUUCUGGGAAAUGUCACGCGUUAAGAAGAAGAUGAACGCGCAGUUUUAUCGCCAAACGAGUUUGAAGAACUAGAAGUGACAGUGAACGCCGACAUGGCUGGAGAGUGGAGACUACAGAGUGAGGGGAAAGAAAGUGCCAUUUUCGUGGUGUCGGUGUCAGGGCGACCAACGCCUUUCCCCCGUUCGCCUAGAUUACAAAGAAAUAUCCUUUAAAAAAGAUUACUUAAAAGCUCUAUACGUGUCAGAGAGCUGCGAAAGAUGGGGCUGCAUCAACGGGACUGGCGACACGGGGCGUUUUCCGGGACUCUGCUACAAAGUAAGUUGACCCGUAAUAAAAGGCAGGAAACUUGAAGUACUUUUUUCAUUUUUUGUUUCGUCGUGACGGUGGAAAUGGACUCGGAGACACCUUUUUUUUUUUUUUUUUUUUUUUUUUUUUUUUUUUUUCUCUUCUCCCCCCCCCCACAGGGACCGCCGUUGUGCCUUUCUGUUAACACGACACACAUGAUUCUGUAACGCUGACAGCGGGUGCUUCGCUAAAGCCUCCCGUACGUUUUUAAUGUACAAAAUGACGGCGUCGACGUGUUCGCGCUCGAGCAAAAAAGCGGUCGCGCGGCCAAGCGCCGCGCGAGUGUUGUUAACGUGUCAAACAGCGCAGUUCGUGCUCAGCGCGAGCCGUGCUGUAGGAAACACCCAGUGCGUUCAAUGUCGUUCGUGGCCGUGGGCGGCGCUUUCCUCCGCUCUACCUGUUCGUACAGUCAGAAGUUCACAGCCGACACACGGCUCUGCCUCGAACACGGGAAAUGGGAACUUCUGGGAAGGGGAGGAGGAGGAGGGGGAAACUGUUCAAAAGUAUCAUUUAAUCUUUUCUGGAAAGUGCAUCUUAAACUCGUUGGGGGAAGACAUUAAUGUAGGGACCUGUGCUAAUGCCAUAGGGCAGAUAUUAAAUGUGGACUUGAGACUAAAUGAAAGCUAGUUAGUAGUUUUCAUCGUCACUUUUUUUUUUUUUUUUUUGGGGGGGGGUUUCUUCAGCGAAGCCGUUUAUUUGAAGAAGAGGCGACACCUAAAAUGACCGCAGUCCAUGUGGUGAGGAGGGCCGGCUGGGCAGCCACACCCUUGAGUCACACUGGAUCAGCGUUUUCCUAGCAACUUUCUUCAAUUUCUCUCUUGCUGUGCUUCAUUUCCCUGCCCCCUAUUAUUUCGAUACACAUUUAACAAGAAUUGGAAUUUUAUUUAUUUUUUAUUUUUUUUUAAUGAAAGCACCUAACAUGGACGAGCGUUUCUUGGUGGUGUUUGUUGGGACACAGUGACACAGUAAGGGUGUGGUGGACCACACCUCGAGCUUGAUCUGUCUCCACGGUGACCCAAGAUCCAUGGCAGCACCUCUCACGUACAGCUCCUGACACAUCUCUCUUUCGGGGCGUUUCGCCAGUGACUGGACCGUCAGCGCAGACCCCCCACCCACACCACGCUUGUAACACUACGAGCUGAAGUGUGGGUGGAGUGACGCACUCGCUGGCUUCAGGCAUCAGGACCUUCUGGUGAGCUCUCCCCUGACGGGCUCCUCAAAACUGGUGAGGAGUGACAGCCGGAGCCUGGCAGGGCCCUCAGGCCACACAUCUGUAGCCCACCGUACAGCAUGGGCCAGCAGGUAAUUCACGCUGGAUUUUGAAAUGUGGUGCAUUGAAAGGGGUGGGAAUAUUUGAGUCUCUUCUAGAGAUUUCCAGUGACUAGUGGCUAUGGGAUACACUAAGUGGAAUUUUCAGGGAUGACUUGAUGAGAUUGAGGCGGAGCCAUAGAAUAGCCGUGCGUCUAGGGCCCUUAAUCUCAUUAUCUUUGUCUAAUCCCACUGGGACAGCGGUCUUCUCGCAGCAUCGUGUUUCAGCACGUUGUGUUAGGACAGACGGACGCGCCACGAUGGAAGAUGCCCUGCUGCUCGGUGUGGAGGGAGUGAAGAAGACCAUCCUGCAUGGAGGCACUUCAGAGCUGCCCAAGUUUAUCACCGGUACCAAGGUGACCUUCCACUUUCGCACGCAGCUGUGCAAUGAUGAGCGCACGGUGCUGGAUGACAGUAAGAAGGUUGGAAUACCCAUGGAGUUGGUUAUUGGUAACAUGUUCAAGAUGGAGGUCUGGGAGACACUGCUCAGCUCUAUGAGGAUUGGGGAGGUGGCCGAGUUCUGGUGCGACAUCAUUCACACAGGUAUGUAUCCCAUUGUGGCCAAGAGCUUGCGGCGCAUUGCAGAGGGCAAGGAUCCUGUGGACUGGCACAUCCACACAUGCGGCAUAGCCAACAUGUUUGCCUACCACACGCUGGGCUACGAGGACCUGGAUGAGCUGCAAAAGGAGCCGCAGCCCCUCUACUUUGUGCUGGAGCUUCUGAAGGUGGAGCAGCCGAGCGAGUACAACCGGGAGUCAUGGGCCUUGAACGAUGAGGAGCGGCUGAAGGCAGUGCCGGUGCUCCACGGACAGGGCAACAAGCUCUACAAGAUGGGCCGCUACGAAGAGGCCACCCUUAAAUACAAAGAGGCCAUCAUCUGCAUCAAGAAUGUGCAAACCAAGGAAAAGUCGUGGGAAGCGCCGUGGCUUAAACUGGAGAAGAUGGCUCUGACCCUAACCCUCAAUUACUGCCAGUGUCUCCUGCGCAUGGAGGAGUACUAUGAAGUCAUCGAGCACACCAGUGAUAUCAUCAACCAGCACCCAGGGGUCAUGAAGGCCUUCUACCUGAGGGGCAAGGCGCAUGUCGAGGUGUGGAAUGAGGAGGAGGCCAAGCGGGACUUUGAGAAGGUCCUAGAGUUAGACCCUGGAAUGAAGAAGGCGGUGAGGAAGGAGCUUGCUGUUCUGAACAUGCGCAUGGAGGAGAAAAAGGAGGAAGACAAACUCAAAUACAAAGGCAUGUUCUGAACAGUGGGGGGGGGGGAAAUCAGGCUGGCACACACUGAUGCUCCUCUAGCAUUUCCACCGAAAGAAAUGGAUAUAAGGGUCACCCUACAUCAUCUGUUUAAAUAGUCCUUUAUCCAGUUUUUUUAAACUAAAAAUAUUCAUAUUAUGAAGUACCUGCUCUGUUACACAUCUGAACACUUAAUUUCUCUCAAUGUAAUCUGUCACAAGUUUAAAUAAAACUGUCACAGAGGCACUUGCUGAACUGAAGGCUGCUCUGGCU